AGGGAGGAUAUCACACAAGUGCUCCAAAACUAGUAUAGACUGCCCACAGAACCAACAUUUAACAUUAUGACUGUGGUCAAGGGCUGCAUUUAAGAAAAAGAACCACAGAGUUGCAGAAGAGCUCUCUACAGAUCACUUUUAGCAGUGAAUGACAUAAUAUCUACAAGGAACGUACAAUGAAAGCAAAGUUAUACAGCUGCAUGUUUCUCGUGAAGGCUACUUUGGUUCUGCUGUGUACCACUUUUCUCUUCAGUGAUGAAGCAUUCGCAUUUAAAGCAUUCCAAGAAGAUUGUUGUCUUAAGCAUUCUGAAAAGCCAUUGCCUUUUAGAAUAAUUAAAGGAUACAUUGAACAAUGGUCGAAUGAAGUCUGCAACAUCGAUGCCAUAGUGUUUCAUACAACAAAAGGAAGAAAGGUUUGUGCAAAUCCCAAGGAUGAAUGGGUGAAACAGGUCUUCAAAAGAUUAAGUGUGAAACUGAAGAAUAUGUCUAAAGCAAAAUGAAGCUAGAUUAAGAAGAAGUACUGGAACUGUUUUGAAGAUACUGACAGCAGUGCAAAACACAAACUUUUACAUUUCAGUUGUGCUUUAAUGCUUAUUACCUUAUGAGAUCUGCAGUUAUAAAAUGUAUUUGAAGAUAACUGGAGCUUGCAAUAACGUGGUGUUAAAUAGGUGACACCAAUGGAAAAACAUCUGCUCAUUUACUUUACUACCUUAUUAAACAUUUAAUACAGCAUUUAUAUAUAUAUUUAAUUCCUGCAAAUGGAUCUUCUGGUAGGAAACAAUACAAUAACUGUGAAUAUAACAUACUCACAUAGUUGCUAUGAUUGUUUAAAACAAUUAUUUCAAAUUGAAAACAAGUACAGUUCAGCAAAACAUAAUUCCAGAGGGGAAACAUCUCCUUAUCUGAGCAUCAUAUUCUAUAGGACCAAUACUACUUACUGCUACUACUGUCUGCUGUUACUGUGUUGUUAAACAGUCAUGUUGUUAUUUUUUGUAUUUGUAUGAGCUGUAUGCACUUUGAGACUGAAGCAAUGACAUUUCUUUCAGCUUGCACUGUUGUGUGGGUCUAAAUGACAAUAAAGUUUAUUCUGACUUUGACUAGGCAAAAGAUCAUGAGGACCAUAAGAUGUCUAAAAAAUAUAUACCUUUAAGCAGACACUUGAAAGCUUGUAACCCAUUAAAGGAAAGACAGUCUGGCAAAUGUAGCUUUCUGCAGUGACAUUUUACUGCUGUAUCAUUUCCAGUCAUUUUGUUAUUUUUUUCCAGCACUGAAAUGAAUAAAUAUGGAUAGUACUUACUAACA